AUGGGAUGGGUCUUUGAUGUUGUCGGCAGUCUUUCUGUAGCAGCAAACUGUUUGUCUUACUCUCUGAUGCUGUGUGGAAAUACUUUGGAAUCUGUAAGGAUGCAGACUGAAGCUGGUUCAUUUCAUCUCACGUGUAAAUAUUGCAUUGAGAAUCCAAAACCUGCUGUGAAGACGUGUCUGAAAUGUGAAACGUCUUUUUGCUCUCAACACUUAAAACCACAUUUACUGAAAGAGGCCUACAGAGAUCACACACUCAUUGAGCCUGGGGUUAAAGUUACCGAGAGACACUGCCCUGACCAUCUGAAGCUGCUACAGCACUAUUGUAAAGAGGAUGCAGAGUGUGUGUGUGUUUCCUGUACAAUUAUAGGGAAACAUAAAUCCCACACAUUACUGAGCCUGGAUCAGGCACAAGCUGCAAUUACGGAUGAACUGGAGAAGGAAAUCAAGAAGCUGCAGGGAGUCCAGCAGAAUUGUUCCACCAAACAGCGAACAUUGGAGAGAUCAGAGGCUGAAAUCAAGACCCGAAUCAAUGAUUGGAAAGGGAAGUCAACACAGAGCUUCUCUGAAUGGAGGAGAAAGCUGGAUGAAGAUGAAGAAUCCACCAUGAGAGUGAUCGAUGAGGAGGGACUCCAAGCUCUCUCUCAGAUUCGAAGCUGUUCUGAAGCAUUAAACAGCAAGAUGGAACAGAUUGCAUUAAUAGAUGGAGAAAUCCAGAGUCUGUUACAGAGAGACCCUCUCUCCCUUAUUCAGAACUCAAAACAGCUCCUUUCCAGAGUGACUGAGAUUCAGAAAGUCCCAGAGCGAGCUGUUCCAGUGUUCACCCUGAACCUGACCGAUAUAUCAGAACACCUCCAGAAGAAACUGAAUGGAUGGGAAAAGUACCACUCAGACAUCUUGGCAGUCAUCAGAAAAAGCCCAUUGAGCCUGGAUGCAAAGACAGCAAACUGCUACUUGGUUCUGUCUGACGAUGGGAGAUCAGUAACUCUUGCUGAACAGCAACAGCCCUAUCCAUCUCACCCAGAAAGAUUUGAAGAUUAUUAUCAAGUUCUUUCUUCCCAGAGCUUCUCCUCAGGAUCCCAUUCCUGGGAAGGAGAAAGUGAUGGGAAGGAAUGGGGAAUGGGGAUUGUGUAUGGGAGUAUUGAUAGGGUCGGACAGUACUCUUGGUUUGGGGAAAGCAGUAAUUCCUGGUGUUUAUAUCUUGGCAGUGAUGCUGUCACAAUCUGGCAUGAUAAUGAACGCACUGAUCUUCCAAUGAUCCCAUCCACAAGCAGGAUCCAAGUCCAAUUGGACUAUGAGGUUGGGACGUUAUCAUUUUACCAGGUCACUGACUCACUAAAACAUUUACACACAAUUCAAACCACAUUCACUGAACCAGUGUUCCCAGCGUUUUGUUGUUAUGACAAAUCCUUAAAACUGGUAAAUUAACCCUGAUUGCUGAGAUUCCUUUCUGGAGUUGACAUGUAUGCCAAUUAUUAUAAAUCAUCAUGUCGUUAAAGAUUGAGUGCUGAGCACUUCAGAAGCUUAUCAGUUAUUUCUAUUAGUUGAAAGUUUUGAAGAAAUCCCUGUGAGUGUCAGAGUUGUUGAUUUAUAUGGACCCCUGAACAAAAUUCAAUACCUGUACAAAACACUUUUCCAGAAAGUAGAACCUCUGUGUUAGAAGUUGAAUUUUGAUUUGUUUGGAAAUGAGUUCGGAGAUAGAGAGUGGGGGUAAAUGGUAAUGGGUUCAUACAUUGGGCUUGGUAUUCAAGAUAUUCCCUCCAGAUCUCUACUGGGCCUUAUUUCAUUACUUUGUUUUUAGAUGAUUUGAAUGAGAAUAUAAAAUGUUGUCUCUGCGAAAUAAAGUAUUAUUAAUAAAGUCAACAAAUUAUUUUAAGCCAGUGAAUCAUCAUCAGAACUCUUUGUUUUAGAGUUCAGCAGAUGGAGUAUUUCUGUUUGGCUAGAGACUGUGGGGAACAAAGUGAGACAGGGUCUUCGAGCUAAUAUGGAGACUAGCAACAUCAUAGCGUAUGAAAUUAACACAGGUAAGUGGCUUCGAGACAGAUGAAAGUUCAUGACAUCAUGGAACAAAAGGCUGUCUCCACUUGUAUUGAGAAGGAUAGGCACACAUUUAACAAAACCUGCAAAAGAGGAAAAUGUAUCAUGGGAGAAUAAAAGCACUUUGCCACGCAUUGAGUAAUUGUGUCCUGGAAUACAGUGCCCGGAAGUGCCAUGGAAGGGGAGAAUUCAAUUGUUACAGUGAUGGGAAUUGCAGGUUAUCUGAUGAGCAGCAGAGGGCGGCUGUGGCUCAGUCUUCUCAUUGAUCUCCAGUCUCCAGCCCCACCUUGUGGUUGGUGUAGGAGUUGCAGCCUCCCUCCUUCCUGCAGCUCCUUGUAUUUCUCACUGGAUUUCACACUAAGUAAACUCCCUGUCCCAAGUGGCAUCAAAUUUUCCCAAAGCGGCUUUAUGGGAGUCUUUACACAAUGAAUAUCUAAUGCCUGGUUUCACAGGGUGACCGAAAACAUGGCAAAAAAAAAGAAACUACAAGAUGUAUCCUCAUUCAAAUAAAACAAACUCAGCAAGUUUGCAGACCUCAGUGGUUCAUUGUAGUUUCAUUAAACUGUGCAAAUAUCUUGUGUUAAUCUGUGGAAUACAUCUUGUUGAUCUGGGCAAAAAAUGUUGCAUCAAUUUGUUGAAAAAACUUGUGUUACUUUGUGCAAACAUCAUGUCCAACCGGAACU